UUUUGCUUGCAUUUGCAUGUUGUCUGAUAAUUUUCUUACUUUAGGGAAAGGCUGCUGCUGUAUGUAAAAAGAAGGUUCCUUCAUCUGCAGGCGGUGAUGAUGAGAGUAGGGAUGAUACUUCUGAAGAAAGUGAUGAAGAAGAGCCUCAAAAGAAAAAGAUCAAGCCCUCUAGCACUCCAACUGUCUCAAAUACUCGAAAGGAGAGUAGUUCUGAGGAAGAUGUUCCUGCAGCCAAGAUACCUCCUGCUAAUGGCUCAGCUGCAGCUUCGAAGAAAGACGAGUCAAGUGAUGAGUCUAGUUCUGAGGAUGAUAGCAGCGCAGAGGAGGAGGAGGAUGCCAUUAAUAAGGCACAUGCUGCUGCACCUAAAAAUGGUACUGCCGCUACCUCUAAAAAGGAAGAACCCAGCGACGAGUCUAGUUCAGAUGAUGAUCCCUCUAGCACUCCAGCUGUCUCAAAGAAGGAGAGUAGUUCUGAGGAAUCUUCUGAUGAAGACGAGUCCUCUGAAGAAGAAGAGGAUGAAAAACCAUCGAGAACUCCCAAGAAGUAAAAGACCCCUAUUACUCCUAAAGCUCAAACUCCGGGAUCAAAAAUAAUUUUUGUUGGAAAUCUACCCAACUCGGUUGAGGAUGGUUCUUUUGAGGGCUCAUGUUGAAUUUGUCACUGCACAGAAGGAUCUUGGUGAUGCAGCGUGAUUGCUAUUAAUGGCUAAAGCUUACGGGUUGUUCAGGAUAUGACAAACUAAUGUUGUUGUUUUUGUGUUCUUGAAAGCAAUAACAACUAGCUUUUUUGGAUGUGGUGUCUAGUAGCAUACUAUAUCUGUUUAUAUUUUUACAGACUUAUUUUUAUGACUCAAGACUGGCUCUUGGAUGCUUGUUUUUGUAGAUGACAUGGGUUUCAUACUGAACUUUACAGGCCUAUGUUAUCUUAUAUAUGAAAAGCUUGUUCUAACUGAAGUUAUAUAUGAACACCUUUUUGACAAUA